UUCAGGAGCGGUCAUACUUUUAUUUGUAUCAAAACAUAUGAUGGGCACGCCGGAAUUAAAAAUAAUAUUGGAAUUUAGCGCUGGAGCGGAGCUACUUUUUGGUAACAUCAAACGACGUCAACUGGCCUUAGAUGGUAAUCAAAAAUGGACCAUUGCCAACCUGCUGAAAUGGAUGCAUGCCAAUAUUUUAACAGAACGACCAGAACUCUUUCUUCAAGGAGACACCGUACGACCUGGAAUUUUGGUUCUUAUAAAUGACACAGACUGGGAACUCCUGGGUGAACUGGACUACGAGCUGCAGCCGAAUGACAAUGUGCUCUUUAUAUCCACUCUGCACGGCGGUUAAUGGAGUUCUCCAAAGUUAGUUAGUCCUAAGCGAAAAGUUAUUUUUAUACGAUCCAUUAAACUGUAACCGAAAAAAGCAAAAACAGUU